UCUUCAGGCAGUCUGACCCCUCGCUGGUCGCCUUUAGUCCUCAACAGGUACUAGAAUCAGAGUUUGGCCUGUUGGAGACUGACGACGAGCGUUGGCAAAUGUUCAAGACCGAGAUCAAAGAGUUGAACGAGAAGGCUCCCGAGGGAACUCGCCACGUCGUCUUGUUCUGCAUGCGUCACGGACAAGGCGAACACAACCUGGUCAUGACCAACAACGAUCCCGACUCUUGGAAGCUUGCCUACGCGGAGAAGAACGGUGCUGUCGACCCCGAACUGACCGAGCUGGGCAAAGCUCAAGCCACGGCCGUCGGAUUCGCUUGGAAGGACAUGCUGAAGAGAGGAAUCCCCAAGCCGGAAAAGUACCUCGUCUCUCCGCUCGUCAGGUCGAUCGACACGAUGAACCUGACCUACGGGGAGUUGAUGGAGAAGGAACAGAAGCUGAUGGUCAUCGAGAAUCUACGAGAGACUUUCUUCGGAAACACCUGGGAUCAACGCCGCACCAAGUCCGAGCUGGCGAGUCGGUAUGCCAACCUCACAUUCGAACAAGGUUUCUCCGAGCAAGACCCACAUGAAAAGCUAGCUCGCAAACUGGCGGACGAAGGCAAUGCAGCGAGGCUCGACCAAGUCCGAUCGGUGAUGCACAAGAUCGCCCGUGACUGUCCCGAGACCUACAUCGCCAUCACGGGACACAGGCGCAACUUGACCGCGUUGUUCGCCUUGCUCCAUCAUCGAAACGUUCGUCUGGCUCAAGGGGAGAUCAUCCCGGUCGUCAUCAAGAUCACCGAGAGAGAUGUUGCCAGGAACGAUGCAAACGGUUUGUAGAUCGGAUGUUGCCUUGAACAAGUUGUUGUAGUAAGCAUGUAACUGUAACGAUGACGGUCUACCCCCCUUUCAAGGAGAAUUUGCUCGGGAUCCGGACAAAU